AUGGCAUCCGUCCUGAAGCGGCCGUUCGCGGUCUCUACAGCCUUUAAACAAUUCAGCAAGCCCUCUUCCGUCCUCCGAGCCUUCCAUUCUUCCCCGCUCAGGUCAAGCUCGCAGAACUUCUUCACCUCCAAGGCCACUGCUCCGGCCGCCAAUUCCCUCAAGUCAAACUCAGCAAUUCACAGUGUCUUCCGACGAGCGUAUCAGACACAGGGUUACCAGUAUAACCCAGCGCAAUCUGGAAACCUGACCCAGAGAUUGCUCUACGGUGGUCUCAUGGUGGGUGGCACUAUCCUUGCGGCCAAUCUGAUCUUCAACCGGGAGACGAGGGAAGAUGGCGGCAUGCCUCCUUUUGAGAGGGAGUACCUCAACCAGACAUUUAUGCACACUGGGCUCGGUAUCGGCAUUAUCGGCCUUGCCGCACGUACUCUACACACGUCAGGCUGGUCCUAUCGCCUGAUGGCGACCAACCCUUGGGUCGUUGUGAUCGGUGGCUUAGCUGCCUCUAUUGGCACCAUGUACGGUACUAUGCACACUCACCCCGACAACUACAUUCAGAAGUACGCUCUCUGGACUGGUUUCAACGUCACUCAGGCUGCUAUCCUCUCUCCUCUUAUGUUCAUGCAUCCCGCAAUCCUCGCUCGCGCCGGUCUCUAUACGUUGGGUAUGAUGGGAUCUAUCGCUUUCGUCGGCGCUACAGCCAAGCAAGAGAAGUACCUGUACCUCGGUGGACCUCUCUUAGCUGGUGUGGCCGUCGUCGCCAUUUCAGGGUUUGCGCCACUCGUUCUACCUGCGACCGCCGUCCGAACUCUUGCUUGGUCUGAGAACAUCUGGCUGUAUGGUGGUCUAGCAGUCUUCGGCGGCUUCACACUGUACGAUGUACAGAAAAUCCUGCACCAUGCGAGAAUGAGUGAGCGCGGCUUGGUACGCAAGGAUGUUGUGAACGAGUCUGUUAGCCUCGAGCUGGACUUCCUCAACAUCUUCAUCCGCAUGGUCCAAAUCCUGGGCAUGAGGUCGAACAACAGGAGAUAG